UCACACACAACAUAUAUAUAUAUAUAUACACUCAUCAAAUUAUAAUAUAUUUACUAUAUUUGGUUCAUUUUCAUGCAAAGAUUUGCCACUUAGCAUUUGAUUUUAGUGUUAAGAUCUACAUAUAGUGCAUUUUCCAUAAGUCAUUACCUAUAGAUGGUGAAAAAAGAAAAGAUCCAAGACAAGCCAAAAUCGACAAUGUCCAUAUCAUCAUCCACAUCGGUGUCGUCGACAUUGCCAUUGCAAUCGACGACAUUGUCACCACCACGAUCAAUCAACAAAGAAAAGUACAAAGGAGUACGAAUGAGAAGUUGGGGUUCAUGGGUUUCCGAGAUUAGGGCACCAAAUCAAAAAUCACGUAUAUGGUUAGGAUCUUACUCUACUCCUGACGCAGCUGCUAGAGCCUAUGAUGCGGCGCUAUUAUGCGUUAAGGGUCCUAUUGCGAAUCUUAACUUUUCUCCAAACCAAUAUGAUCAUGACUCUUUUACGACCACUACCAUGUCUCCAAAAUCUAUUAAAAGGGUAGCCGCCAUCGCUGCCACCACCAUUCCAUCUACAUCUACAUCACCAUCACCAUCACCAUCAUAUUCGUCGUCCCCGUUAUCACCGUUAUCCCCAUCCCAGUCAUCAUCAUUUAAUGGGAAGAAUCAAAGAUUCUCUUUAGAAAAUGAUCCUCUUGAUGGCACCUUGAUGUCAAUGGUUGCACCAUGGUGCAACUUCGAUUUUUCCCCAACGUAUGAUGAUAUCAUGCACAAUGAGCCUUCUUUCGAUGCCAUUGAUCAUGAAGAAGAAGAAGAAGAUUGUGAAAUUCGUCUAUGGAGCUUUUACUAAAUGAACACCAUGCCAAAUACAUUUAUUUCAUUUUUACCCAAAUCACUUUUUUUUGAACAAGUUUACUAACAUACAAAUACAUUUAUUUCAUCUUUGUCUAUUACACACUUUUCAUUGUUUAUUUUAUUUUAUUUAUUAAAUUUAUAAAUUCGUGUCUAUGCAAAAGGAUGUAGAUCUCAUGGAGGGAAUCCCAUGUGAGUUUUUUUUUCUCCCGACAUUCACAUUUAUUUUUUUUGUAAUGGCCGGUCUCAUAUGUAUCCAUUUAUCUACUCUUUUAUUUUUCA